GGAGCCACACUAGUUAGCCUGUCUCUGGGAAGGGGAGAAUUCCUCUGCAUCACAGUGGUUUGCACUGGGGGACAGACAGCCGUUGAUCUCAGACCAGGCCGGGUGAUCAGAACAGGUCGCCCCGUUAAAACUCAGUGCGCGGUGCGGUGCAGUGAGGCGCGGCGCGGUGCGGUGAGGUGAGGUGCGGUGCGGUGCCUUCCCUCUCCUACUCGGGAAUGUCUCGGCGAAAGCAGAGGAGACCCCAGCAGUUAAUCUCGGACUGUGAAGGUCCCAGCGCAUCUGAGAACGGUGAUGCUAGCGAGGAGGACCACCCCCAAGUCUGUGCCAAAUGCUGCGCACAAUUCUCUGACCCGACCGAAUUCCUCGCUCACCAGAACGCAUGUUGUACUGACCCACCCGUAAUGGUGAUAAUUGGGGGCCAAGAGAACCCCAGCAACUCUUCAGCCUCCUCUGCGCCCCGGCCUGAGGGCCCCGGUAGGCCCCAGGUCAUGGACACAGAGCACAGCAAUCCCCCAGAUUCUGGGUCCUCUGGUCCCCCGGAUCCCACCUGGGGGCCAGAGCGGAGAGGAGAGGAAUCUUCAGGGCAUUUUCUGGUCGCUGCCACAGGUACAGCGGCUGGAGGAGGUGGGGGCCUCAUCUUGGCCAGUCCCAAGCUGGGAGCAACCCCAUUACCUCCAGAAUCCACUCCUGCACCCCCUCCUCCACCGCCACCCCCUCCCCCUCCAAGUGUCGGCAGUGGCCACUUGAACAUUCCUCUGAUCUUGGAAGAGCUGCGCGUGCUGCAGCAGCGCCAGAUUCAUCAGAUGCAGAUGACUGAGCAAAUCUGCCGCCAGGUGCUGUUACUUGGCUCCUUAGGGCAAACGGUGGGUGCCCCUGCCAGUCCCUCAGAGCUCCCUGCGACAGGAGCUGCCUCCACCACCAAGCCCCUACUGCCCCUCUUCAGUCCCAUCAAGCCUGUCCAAUCGGGCAAGACGCUGGCAUCUUCCUCCUCCUCCUCCUCCUCCUCCUCCUCAGGGGCAGACCCCCCUAAGCAGGCUUUCUUCCACCUUUACCACCCGCUAGGAUCGCAGCACCCCUUCUCUGUCGGAGGGGUUGGGCGAAGCCACAAACCUACCCCUGCCCCCUCCCCUGCCCUGCCAGGCAGCACAGAUCAGCUGAUUGCCUCACCUCAUCUAGCAUUCCCGGGCACCACAGGACUCCUGGCCGCUCAGUGUCUUGGGGCAGCAAGGGGCCUUGAGGCUGCUGCCUCCCCGGGGCUCCUGAAGCCAAAGAAUGGAAGUGGUGAGCUGGGCUAUGGGGAAGUGAUCAGCUCGUUGGAGAAGCCCGGCGGAAGGCACAAAUGCCGCUUUUGUGCCAAAGUGUUCGGCAGUGACAGCGCCCUGCAGAUCCACCUUCGUUCCCACACCGGUGAGAGGCCCUACAAGUGCAACGUCUGUGGUAAUCGCUUCACUACUCGCGGCAACCUCAAAGUACACUUCCACCGCCAUCGGGAGAAGUACCCACACGUGCAAAUGAAUCCGCAUCCAGUUCCAGAGCACCUAGACUACGUCAUCACCAGCAGCGGGCUGCCCUACGGAAUGUCUGUGCCACCAGAGAAAGCGGAAGAGGAGGCGGCCACGCCAGGGGGCGCUGUUGAACGCAAACCUCUGGUGGCCUCUACCACAGCUCUCAGCGCUACAGAGAGCCUGACGCUGCUCUCCACGGGCACGAGUACGGCCGUGGCUCCUGGGCUCCCCACGUUCAACAAGUUUGUGCUCAUGAAAGCGGUGGAGCCCAAGAGCAAGGCCGAUGAGAACACUCCCCCGGGGAGUGAGGGCUCAGCCAUCGCUGGAGUAGCGGACGGUGGCACGGCCACCCGAAUGCAGCUAAGUAAGCUGGUGACCUCGCUGCCCAGUUGGGCACUGCUCACUAACCACUUGAAGUCAACGGGAAGUUUCCCCUUCCCCUAUGUGCUGGAACCCUUGGGGGCCUCGCCUUCUGAGACAUCAAAGCUGCAGCAGCUGGUAGAAAAGAUUGACCGCCAAGGAGCUGUGGCAGUGGCCUCUACUGCCUCAGGCGCCCCCACUACUUCUGCCCCUGCACCUUCAGCCUCGGCCUCUGGACCUAACCAGUGUGUCAUCUGUCUCCGAGUGCUGAGCUGCCCUCGGGCUCUGCGCCUGCAUUAUGGCCAGCAUGGAGGUGAGCGGCCCUUCAAGUGUAAGGUGUGCGGCAGGGCUUUCUCCACAAGGGGCAAUUUGCGUGCGCAUUUUGUGGGCCACAAGACCAGUCCAGCUGCCCGGGCCCAGAACUCCUGCCCCAUCUGCCAGAAGAAGUUUACCAACGCCGUCACUUUGCAGCAACACGUGCGGAUGCAUCUCGGGGGCCAGAUCCCCAACGGUGGGUCCACACUUCCUGAAGGUGGAGGAGCUGCCCAGGAAAGUCACUCUGAGCAAUCUACAGUCUCUGGACCGGGGAGUUUCCCUCAGCAGCAAUCCCAGCAGCCGUCACCUGAAGAGGAGUUGUCCGAGGAAGAGGAGGAGGAGGAAGAAGAGGAAGAUGUGACGGAUGAAGAUUCCCUAGCAGGAAGAGGCUCAGAGAGUGGGGGUGAGAAGGCCAUAUCAGUUCGAGGUGACUCAGAAGAGGUAUCUGGGGCAGAGGAGGAAGUGGCCACGGCCGCGGCGGCACCCACCACAGGGAAGGAGAUGGAUAGUAAUGAGAAAGGCACUCAACCAUCUGUUCUGCCGCCACCCCCACCCCCACCACCCGACAGCCUAGAUCAUCCCCAACCCAUGGAGCAGGGAACCAGCGAUGUUUCCGGAGGCAUGGAGGAAGAGGCCAAACUGGAGGCGACCUCAAGCCCGAUAGCAGCCAUCACCCAAGAAGGAGAGAGUACAGGCACCCCUCUGGUGGAGGAGCUGACAGUACCAGAAGCCAUGAAAAAGGAGCCAGGAGAGAGCAGCAGCAGAAAGGCCUGUGAAGUGUGUGCCCAGACCUUUUCAACCCAGACAGCUCUGGAGGAGCAUCAGAAGACCCAUCCGAAGGAAGGGCCACUCUUCAGUUGUGUCUUCUGCAGGCAGGGCUUCCUUGACCGUGCUAUGCUCAAGAAGCACGUGCUGUUGGCUCACCAUCAGGUACCACCACCCUUUGCACCCCAUGGCCCUCAGAAUAUUGCUACUCUUUCCCUGGUGCCUGGCUGUUCCUCUUCCAUCACUUCCCCGGGGCUCUCCCCAUUCCCUCGAAAAGAUGACCCUGCCAUCCCAUGAGCCUGUUUUCUGUACCUGGUUCUCUCUGACCCAGGGAACGGAAACUGAGAGAGCUCCGUAGAAGGACCUCCCAAGAUUUACUCACCCUUCUCUUGUCUUUUCUCAAGUUCUGACAUGAUGUUUUUAGUGGCUUCUCUCUAGUCCCUGAGCUUGAAAAUUGCAUUUGAAAGGGGAUGCCCCCUAAGAAGAAUUUUUAAUCACCUUUUUGUUCUAUGUAACUAAGGAAAACAAAUUCUCUAUAGCUCCCAUAUUCUCAAGGGGAGCCCCCUCCUCAUCUCCCUUUCCCUUCUUUGGAAUGGCAGCCUUGCUCAAAAGGGCUGGCAGUUGUAUAUGGAGGGCCCAGUGAUCUUGACCAAGUCACCCUGCAAGACUUCUUGUACCAGGACUUUCUUGAGAAGCUUGUAUGGGGUGGGGUUCUUACCUUUCUGCAACCAGUACCCAGUUUUCUUGUCAGGUGGCCUACCCGCCAAGCCCUGGAGUUCUAGAUCCACCAGCAUUGCCACUUGAGCCCUAGCACCAUCGUUGCUGUUAAGCCCAGGAACUGUGUUUGAGAAGGUGACUCCAAGAACACGACCCAGAGAGGCAGAGUAGAACAUAACCUGUUCCAGCCUCCUGUAGCUGAGGCGGUGCCCAACAAGCACACCAGAGAAAAGAAAUAACAAACUGUAACUUACUUCUCCUUCCCCCUUCUCCAAAGGGUGCUGGCAAUGAAGAUAUUCUAGUAAUUGGUGGCUCAACCCUAGGAGGUAGAGAAGAAUAAAGGACUGGGAUACUUUUUUUCAGCAUGUCCCUUGAGUCUUCACAUUAAGGCAAAGAUAUUGGCUGGUCAAGAUGCAAGGAUUCCUUCCUCUUCUCGUUUAUCAUGGCCUCUCAACCAACAAGCAGAUUUCUUGCAAAGAGGUCUCUCAUGCGAUAUUUUAGGAAGUAUACAGUUCAUGACUUUAAAGAGCCUUGUUGGUGAGGGUAGUUAAUGAUGGACUGUUGAGGAGUGUUACUGAAGCAAGAAUUGCUGGGAACGUGUUUGAUGAAGAACAGGACAUGAUGUAAGGGGGAGGGGCUUCAGCUCCUGUGAGUAUGAACAUUCUCAGAAAUGUUCCUUUGGGCUAAUGGUGACAUGGUAUGCAGAGACCCCGAGGGCUGUGGGGGAGGGGAACUUUCUGGUAUUAGAAUGCUUUUAGUUUUAGAUAGCUCCCUGUUUUAUUCUCUUGUCCCUUGUAUUUCUCUCACUCUCACCGUCUUCUCAAACACCCUUUCCUCUCCAAUUUUGCCCGACCAUGGGCCAGAGCUUAUGUCUUAAUUUUUUUGUCUGCUUCUACAAGUCCCAGGCAUUGAGAGACGGGCUUCAAAUGGUUCCUUCCUGCUUCUCUGUCUUGUAGUGAGAUGUAGUGUUUACUCUUAACAUAGGAUCCUGUGGAACAGGUGUUCUGAGGAGGAGACUGAAUUUUGCUAUUAGCUAAUGUCAAUGAUGAUUCUCUAAAGUAGCGGGCUCCAGAGCUCCCUAACACAGUGAAAUGUGUAAGAGCAGAGAAAGGAGAUACUAGUGUCUUUCCUUUCAUCAUUAAAGGUGUUUUGGC